CUAUCCCUUGAUCCCAUGAUCCGUGUGGUUCUGAUCUGUUUCUCUGCUGGCCUUGCAGCCCCUCCCACGGUGCGGAUCGUGCACUCGGGCCUGGCCUGCAACAUCGAGGAGGAGCGCUACUCCGAGAGGGUCUACACCAUCCGCGAGGGAGAGACCCUGGAGCUCACCUGCCUGGUCACCGGCCACCCCCGGCCACAGAUCAGGUGGACCAAAACAGCAGGAAGUGCCUCUGACAGAUUCCAAGAUUCCAGUGUCUUCAACGAAACCCUGAGGAUUUCCAACAUCCAGAGACACCAGGGAGGCCGCUACUACUGCAAGGCCGAGAACGGCCUGGGCUCCCCGGCCAUCAAAUCCAUCCGAGUGGACGUGUACUGUGAGUAA